GCCUGCGCGCAUCUAACGUCUUUACACAAGGCAACAACUUCAUGCUGGCAGAAGAAGGCCUGAAUCAUGGCUUCGUCCGGAUCUGCUGAUUGUCGUCUGCUGCUGGUGAAUCCCAACUCCACCAGCUCCAUGACCGAAAAUUUGGCACAUCUCUAUUCCGGACUCCCAAACAUAUCACUCGAGUUCGUCGAUGGCUCAGACGUGCCCGGCUGUCCGCCAGCCAUUGAGAACCAGACGCAUUCUGUGCAAUCAGCAGCGCUUCUCCUCCCCAAAAUCCUAGGCCGGAUAGCGGAAUCUCCGGUGGACGGUAUUCUCAUCUGCUGCUUCUCGGAUCAUCCGCUAGUGCCGAUCCUGCGUGAGAACACAGAUGUGCCGAUCAUGGGGAUAUUCCAGGCUUCGUUGCAGGCGGCUGCGAUGAUGGAGAGGAAGUUUGGGAUUGUGACGACGGCGAUGGCCUGGCAGCCUAUUCUGACCUCGUCGGUUCUUGCAUUAGGGGCACAGCGUUCUAGCGCUGGUGUUAUUGCCACGGGCUUGGGAGUGUUGGAAUUAGAGUCGAAGCCGCAAGAUGUGGUUCUGAAGAGGAUUGAGGAGUGCACCACCACUUUGAUUGAGAGCGGCGCGCGUUGUAUCAUUCUUGGAUGUGCGGGAAUGGCGCCUUUGGAGAGGAUGCUGAAGAGAAUUUUGCCGCGUGAGAUCGCUAUUAUUGACGGGGUCCGUUAUGGAAUACAUUUCCUAGCUGCGAUGAUAAGAGCGGCUAGGUAUUCAGAUUGAUAUGUGUGUGGCUUUUUAGGAGAAUGUCAUGACUUUAUGAAACCUCCUUCGGAGAUGUGUCCGGAUGUGGAACUAAAUGGUUUCGUGAACCAUCGAAGAACUUGCAUAUAAUGAAUGAC